AUGUCUUCCUCUCAGGCAGUCAGAGAUUCGGCCAAGAAAUUAGUUAAUUUACUAGAGAAAUAUCCAAAGGAUCGUAUACCUCAUUUAGUCACAUUCAAGGAGGUACAGGUAUCGAGGUUUAGACGUGUAGCAGGUCUACCAAGUGUGGACGAUAAGGGAAAAUCUGUGAAAGAUAAGAAGCCGUCGCUAGAUGAAAUAAAAAGCAUUAUCAAUAGAACUUCGGGGCCGCUGGGGCUUAAUAAAGAGACGUUAGCCAGGAUUCAAAAUAGCGUAUCCAAUGAAAAAUUUACGGAGGAAAGUAUCAAUCAGCAAAUCCAUGCUCUAAGCACUAUAAUGAGCAAUAAGUUCAGAAACUAUUAUAAUGUUGGCGAUAAACUCUACAAACCUGCGGGCAAUCCCCGUUAUUAUCAGCGGUUGAUAGAUGAAAUUGAAGGUAAGAAAAAUGAAAAUAUUUUUACUGCGAUGAGAACUGUAUUAUUUGGUAAAUAG